UUGUUGUUGCCUUUCAUAGCGCAAUUUCUUUUAGAUUUUUAUUUUUUACUAAUUUUUUGUUAAAUUAAAUUAUUUAUAAUGAAAUUAAAGGACUUGGGUGAUUUAAUAGUAUUUGAUACAUUUCCUUUAAUGUUUGAGCCAAAACAAAAAAUUAUUAUUACACAUUUAUUGCAUCUGGAACAACAAACAUUUCCCUCCCAAUUGCCCAUGAUAUUUACCACUUUCAAGCUGGCUCAACAAUUAAGAAAUUUCUGUGAUAUUAAGAAGCAUAAGUGCAUCAACAAAAGUAAUUUAAUCGUGGUUAAACCUUAUGAAUUCAUUGACAUAGUACUUGAGCGACGUCUUACAUUACAAAUAUUAUUUUGUGCUUCGGAAGAGUAUGAAUCCAAUAAUGUUAUGGUUUUAAUAAGAGAAAAUGGUAAACUCAACUAUAUAUAUGGAGGCAAUUUCAUCGAUAUAAGAUCGGCCUUAUUAAAUGAUACAUUUGCCUCUUGGAUAGCAAAUGGUGUAGAAAAAUUAUAUGUCAACUUAAAGAGAAUGGAUGAACAUCAUACGUUUAAUGAUAUAGAUCAAAUGCAAAAAGUUUUCAAGUCCAUAGAAGAGAUAAUGAAGUAA